CGUACCUGGUCCAGACCAGUUCGACGUUUUGAUAGACCAGCACAACAAUGAGACAUCUGACGGCAUUCGCGAUUGUCGCUGUUUCUGCCCUCGCCUUAACGGAAGCGGCUGUUUACAUUGGCGGUGGCUGCUACGACUGUAAUCCGCCCGGAGGCCAGGGACCCGGAGUUUACACAGGAGUAAAUGGAGGAGGUCGUGGAGGUGGAGGAUCCGGAGGAAACUAUUACAACAACGGAGGUGGAGGAGGCGGCGGAGGCCGUCGGCCAGUUUAUUCCGGCAACUUUGGACCUGGAUACAGCAAUGGUGGAGGAGGAGGAGGAGGUCGCGGUGGCGGAGGAGGCUACGGCGGUUACGAUGAUGGAGGGCUAACGCAGAUUAUAAGCGGAUGAGAAUAUAAUCUCAAGGCUUUGAACCCGCAAAACCCCGCAAAUGAGCAAACGUUGGCUGACAUUCAGAUUGUUCAAUUGUAUAUAGAGUAAAAUUAAAAGAAACAAGUAA